UCUGACAAAAAAAAAUCCAACAAGUGACAGACCACAACCUAACCCGACAGAUGAGGCCGGUGGCCCGAUCGGCCUGCCCACUGCCACCUCUGCAGUUUGGGUGAGAAAUUAAAAAAAAAAAGAAAAAAACAGGUCAAAUCCAAUGCUGCCCGAUCUUGAGUUUCCAUCCCACUUCCUCUCUCUCUCUCUCUCUCUCUCUCCUGAUCUCAACUAACCGUACCGUUGUAACUGUACUGAACACCAAGGCAAGGUCCUCUCUCGUAAAAAAUGCCCCUAUAAUCACACUCAAACACCUACUCAACCCAGAAACAAACGUUGCUUUCUCUCUUCUUCAAAUGGCUGAGAGAGACUGAGAAGUAAUCUCUUACACACAAACAGAAAAAGCAUCACAUAAGCAACCCACAUCCCCAUUUAAACUCCUCCUCCUCCUUCUUUACGCAGCCAAUUUCUCUCAACUUUUGAAGAAUUUUCAGACCUACGUGAGUUUGUUGUUCCAAUGGAACCCUCACUUGACCCAAACGCCCUCGAUUCUUUCCAAUUCAACCAAGAAAUUCAACAGUUACUGACCCUACCACAAGAAAAUGCAAGCUCCUUCACCGCACUCCUCGAGCUGCCGUCGUCACAAGCCAUACAACUCCUCCAUCACUCUCCUGAAUCCAACGACUCUACUGCACCUGCGCCUCCUCAUUCAACCAACCACGCGGUAACCGUCCAUGCUCACCACACACCCUAUCAUUUGCCCGUUGGGGCAAACUUGACUUUUCCAUCUAACAUAGCCUUGGUUGAACGCGCCGCCAGAUUCUCGGUUUUUGCAGACAGCAUUAAUAAUGCUACUACUAAUAAAUAUAAUCAUAAAAACAAUUAUCACUCGCCGGAAACUACGGAGUCGAUGCCGUCAAAUUCAAGCGCGAAUAUCUGGAAAGUAAAGGACGAACCAGCAGAAUCAGACUCCAACAAACCCAAUUCAUCACCGCCGGCGGAGAAAAAGAGGUCGGUGAAGAGAAAGGAGCGCCAGAAGAAGGUCAAAGUGGCGACAAAGAAGAGGAAAAGCGGUGCAAACGAAAGCAGCGAAGAUGCGGAGAAACUUCCAUACGUCCACGUUCGAGCUCGUCGUGGUCAAGCUACAGAUAGCCACAGCUUAGCAGAGAGAGCGAGGAGAGAGAAGAUUAAUGCACGAAUGAAGAUUCUAGAGGAGCUGGUCCCAGGCUGCAAUAAGAUAUCUGGUACAGCUUUAGUUUUAGAUGAGAUUAUCAAUCAUGUGCAGUUGCUACAGCGUCAAGUGGAGUUCUUAUCAAUGAGACUUGCAACAGUGAGUCCAAGAAUUGAUGUCAACCUUGACAGAAUAUUGGCUGCAGAAAGUGGAUCCUUAAUGGACAGUAACCUUUCCAAUAUGGUUAUACCUCUAACGGGGCCUGAGGUUCAAGUCAAUGCAAGCAGACAACAAUAUCAGCAGCAAUGGCAUUUGGAUGCAUACCAUCAGCCUGUUUGGGGAAGAGAAGUAGAAAGCCGUAACUUUGUUACUCCAGAAAACUCACUUUUAAGCUAUGACGACUCAGCAAAUUCAGGAGCUCUGCACUAAAGUCAACUGAAACGGAGCUAAGAUGAAAGAAGUUCCACUGGUAGCUAGUAUUGUACAUAUGGAUCAUACUAUUAGCAGUUAGGCAGAGGGGAGGCCUCAACAUUUAUCUCGGAUUUCCAUCUCUUCUAUUUACCAGAGUCAGAUGGAAACUCAGAUUUCUCUGGACUGGAGAUGGGAACUUUCAGUAUGUUAAUCUUACUUUUAUAUAUAUAUAUAUAUGAAUAUUACUAUAUAUCUUACUUUAUAUACUGACUCGUAGAAUCAUUCAAUGGAAUUCAAAAUUCUGAGAUGAUUGUAUGAUUCAUAUUGUAAAAACAUAGAAGGGACUAUAUCGUAACCAUAAGGGAAGUUGGAUCUUUUGUGAACUGUCUUUCAAUGACGAAAUGGCUGCUGCAAUAUGCCGUGCUUAUUUGAAUUAUCUUUUUGAUUA